GUAGCAGCAGAUAUCUGGGAAAGCUGUUAUUGUCCUCAGUGGCAUAAGAAAUAGUUUUGAUAUUGGAUUUCCUACGCUGCACUCAGUACUCAGGAUGCAGGAAAUAUAAGCAAGGUGGGAGGUAUCAAGUAUGACAACAUUGUGGUGCACAUUGAGGUCACAGUUUGUGAGCAAAUGUCUGUGUUUGCUUUGAUCCUUUCCUUCCUUGGAAGGCAGAAGAAGUUGAGUUAGGGUAUUUAGUGUAAGUAUUUAGAGUUCCAUAGUUGUCAUUCAUAUAUAUAUACAUAUAUAUAUAUAUAUGUAUGUAUAUGAAAUAUUUAUAUAUAUAUUUUAAAAGGUGUCUGCCUUUGUUGGAAUACCUUCACUGAGAUAUUAAUUGUAGAAAGAGUAUCUUUAAGGAUGUUUUUCUUUAUUCUGCUAAGCACUGUGAUUUUUCUCCUUUUUCCCAAGAUUAGUGUUUUUAUACAUAUGUCUUUGAGAAGUGAAAAUUUUAUGUUCUUGUAGAAGAUAUUCUUAAUAUAUGAGUUACAUGCUCUAUUUUAUAAGGGAAAAUGUAAUUUUUCUUAAUGAAUUUACCAAUUCAUUACCCAUUCUGCCAUCUUUUAUCAUCAAAACUGGAGAUCAGCCUGUGAAAAUGAACCAUUUUGGCAAUUGUAGCUUGGCAUGAUAGGAAGUUCAUAUGGAACCCUUUGGCUGGGAUCUUUUUUAAAGGGUGUGUUGGUGGCUGUUUCUUUUUUUUUUUUUUUAGCUUCAUCUUGGUGCUGUUCUGUUUUGGACUCUUUUUUGUGUGCUCAUAGUAAGUUUAUGGCAGUGAAAAUAGCUGAUGAAGUGCUGUCAGGCAGAGUCUGGUUCAUGCCCAGACACUGAGUUUUGCUGUAAUACAGAGCUGAGUUAAGAAAGCCUUUUCAUAUUCAUAAAAAUAGAGUCAGGUAACACGUUAGGUUAAUAAUAGUCUUUAUUAGCAGCCAUGUCUCAGCUGUCCCAACUCAUCUGAUGUGUGGUUGAGGUGAUGGUUUUAGCUGUGAACCUGAGCCUGCAUAUUUUUUUUUUCUGCUAAAGGCACUUCCUUGAGUAUAAGUACCUGACUGGACUGACUGUGCAGGUUGUUACCUGUCUGCAUCCCUCAUCUUCAGCUGUUUCCACAAAAUCCUGAGCACAAAAAACGAACUUUAGGCCCACACCCACUCGGCAGAACUUAAUUUCAGUGCUAGUUCUCACAUACUUUCUUCUAAUGAGACAAAUAAAUUUCUGCUGGCUGUAUCCAAGCUGCAGCAGGUUGGGAAGAGCAGGUUUCUGCAGGAGUGCUGCACAGCACUGCCUGCUAGCCAUGCUUGAGGCUGGGUGACUCAGGAUGGGCAAGUGGCUCCCAGCUCCAGCUGUAAGGAUGUGCCUGAGUGGUGUUUCCCAACCUGUCUUACCAGGGAGAUCGACUGGUUUGGGAGAAGCCCCAGGUUGUCUCCAGCACAGCACGGCUGCCACCGUGGCCUUUUCCCUCUAAACUUUGAAUUGAGGUGUUUGUUUGGUAGGAGAAUAUUUCCUUCUGUUUCAUGAGGUCCAUGGUCCAAAGGCUGAGGAAUGCUGUUGGUGGGGUUUGGCACGGUGUAGCAGGCAGGACAGGGUUAGAUGUGGCUUCUGGAGGAUGACAGGAUGCCCUGGGAGAAAUGGGGGAGAGCCAGCAAGCAGCCAGGGAUGUGUCCUGGGGAAGGCAUGGCUGUUCUACCAGCACUACUCUGUCUGACCAUCUUGUUCUGCAUGAAGGUCUCACAGCCCUGCUGCAUCAGAGAUCCCAGCAGCUCCUUCCACAGCAUCACCUCCUCUUGCCCCAGUUUGGUCCUGUUGUAAAACUACAUCUCCCAGCAGGCAGCAGGAUCAGUGUCUUACCCAAAAAUGAGCUCACUUCCCUCAUAGCCAUCUUACCACCCUGCGCAAAGCACUUUCUGGGGACAGGGGGGGCUCCAGGUAGAGCAAAUAGCAAAAUACCUGCAAGUAUGGCUGGGCAUGGAGCAAACACAGAGACUCCCCAGCUGAACCCUGUGAUGGAACCCCUGUCCUGGAUGCUGGGCACCUGGCUCUCAGACCCACCAGGAGACGUCACCUUCCCUACAAUGAAGCCCUUCCAGUACCUGGAGGAAGUGCACAUCUCUCACGUGGGGCAGCCCAUGCUCAACUUCUCGUUCAACGCCUUCCACCCAGAUACCAGGAAGCCCAUGCACCGGGAAUGUGGAUUCAUCCGCCUCAAACCUGACACUAACAAGGUGGCCUUCAUCAGUGCCCAGAACACAGGUCUGGUGGAGGUGGAGGAAGGGGAGGUGAAUGGACAAGAGCUGUCUAUAGCUUCUCACUCCAUAGCCAGGAUCUCCUUUGCCAAGAAGCCCCAUGUAGAGCAGAUUACCAGAAAAUUCAGGCUCAAUUCCGACGGGAAACUCGAACAAACUGUCUCAAUGGCAACCACUACGCAGCCCAUGACUCAGCACUUCCACAUUACCUACAAGAAGGUGACACCCUGACCCCAGGUGUGCCAGGUCUCCUCGCCAAGGGCAAGGAGCAGGACAUCAUGCACCAAGAGCAGCAGCAGCAGCUCAGGAGCAUGGCAUGGCAGACCCUGGAGCCAGCUGCCUGCGCUCAUCCCUGGGCCCCAGAGCUGCCUGUCCUGUUGAGAAUGUUACUCAGAUGUUUCUGUAAUGGUAUAUAAAAAAAAAAAAAUAAAUAAAAAGCUUUUAUUUUUA